AUGCGAUCGGCAAAAGUUGGAGUAGCGAGGCAGUUAGAAACGAAAAAACCUCAGACUGGAAGAAAACAUUCCACAUCGUCUCGUGGUACUAUUCAUUCACAACAAAGUCAACCCGAGGAUACAACACAAAUGAAGUAUACACGGUGAGUUAGAAACCUGGGAGGUCAGCAUUUCCUGGAGAGGUAGGAUUGCGGUUUUUAAACUGUGGACAUUUAUUGAUAACAAUAUUUCGAAAAAAAAAACUGAUGAGUUCAAAAAUCUGAAACAUCACAACUUUUCUUUUGAAAAUUCAAAAAUGUUUCCUAAUUGAGUAAGUGUGAAAUAAAAAUAGUCCAUAUCUUGAAUACUUUCCGAAAAUGCGGAUCACACGAAAAUAUUCCAGAAACUUAAUUAACAUUCUCAUUUUCUGAAGGUUCCUCGAAAUAACUUUCAACCGUUAAAAUGAGCACAAUUAAUUUUCUCAAAGUUACAGUUUUAUGAGAAGCUUAACAUUUUAUGAACAAUUUUGGUCCAGUUCUCUUGUUCUAAAGUUCAUUCAAGCAAUCCAUAUGUGAACUUUACCAAGUUCUUGACAAACUUCAGCUUUUUCUUCGUAUAUCACAUGUCCGCUAAUUGUUAGGUUAAGCAAAAUUUCUUUGAAAACAAUUAUGAAAUUCCCUAGAGGUCUUCAAGUUUACGAAGUUGUCAUGACAAUAUGAGAUUUAGAAACCGAUAAUUUCUGAUAACACCCAUUUUCUUUUUGUUUUUCAUAUUCGCUGAAGUAGUAUGUUGAGCUUCUUUGAUAUCCGCAAAACUAAACCUUAUCAAUCUAUUUUCAAUAGGCAAGGCUUUUUCAUUUCAACAAAAAUGUUUCUACAAUAAAUCCAUCCUUUUUUAGCAAAGAACUCAAAGAGUACCGUCAACUGUUCAACAUGUUUGACACCGAUGGUUCUGGAGCCAUUGGAAAUGAAGAGUUGAAACAGGCGAUGAUCAGUAUUGGACUUCACGCAAACAAAAAUGAAAUCGACAAUGUCAUCAAAGAGGUCAGACUUUUUCAAAUGUUUUCUUGUGAACCCAAAAUUGUUUCUAGGUUGAUGCUGAUGGAAAUGGCGAAAUCGAUUUUGAAGAAUUCUGUGCUUGUAUGAAAAAAUCACAAAACAUUGUGAAAUCAACAAACGAAGAAUUGAUUCGAGAAUGUUUCGAGAUCUUUGACCAAGAUCGUAAUGGAAUCAUUACUGAAAACGAGUUCAAAUAUAUUGCCAAAGAAUUUGGCGAUUUCGACGACGAGUUGGCAGAGAAAGUGUUUCGCGAAUUGGAUGUUUCAGCAAAUGGCCAUCUUUCUGCUGAUCAGGUAUCUUUCAUAUUAUUUUCAAUGUUCAAAGUCCAAAGUUCUAUAUAAAAAUAAUUGCAGUUUGCAACAAUUGUCGAAGAUUAUCUUCUCAGCGAUCCAAUUCGUCAUGAAAUGGACACUGAAGACUUUUCCGAGGACCAAAUGGAAGAAACUCGCGCAAGUCCAUUCAAUCAUCUCUCAAGUGUUCCAGAGUAA